AUGGCCCUCUGGGGCCUCACAGCAAUCUGCCUAUUCAUCGGCUACAAGCCCCCGAAACAACACACCGAGUCCGACCAACUCUCAUUUAGACAGAAACUCGCACGCCUAGGUCUUCCAAAAUUCUGCUUUCUUACAGCUGGACUCACACUACUACUAACCGGCCUCAGUCUUGGCGGUUGUUUGUACGCGGGGGCAACAGCGCCUGUCCUGGCUACUAUCGUCAUCGGAAUCCUCUGUCUGAUCGCCUUUGGCAUCUACGAGUGGAAGCUACCAAAACGGGAAUCCCCCAUCAUGAACUAUUCCGUGGUGGAGAGAACGGUGGUCGGAAUUCCGCUAUCUGCGUUGGACUGA